AUGAAUGAAGGUGAAAUAGUAGAAAGUAGGAAUGUCAAAAAAGUCAAAACCCAACAACCACAAGAUUUAUUUUUAAAGGUGUGGAGAAACAAGUUCCUCAAUUCUAAAAUAAUUCAAUUCUUGAGAUUAUUAAAAGAUUUUUCAGGUUUUAAUUUUCUAUUAAACAAAAUAGGUGACCACCCUUAUAAAGAAUAUAUUACGAAAAUAUACUACGACAUAGAUGAACCAUUAUUACAUCAGAUUCCUUCAAGUUGCACAUCGUUAAGACUCGGUUUUAAUUUUAAUCAAGAUAUCAGCUGUUUAAAGUCAUUAUCUUUUUUAAGAUAUCUAUCAAUUGAAAAUUCAAAAUACGAUAAACCAAUUGCGCAAGGAGCCUUACCAGAAUCAAUUACUGAUUUAGAAAUUCAUGGUUCUAAAACUGCGUUAUCUGACAUAUAUAUACCAAAAUCAGUUACAAAACUAUCACUAGAAUUCUAUGAUAAACCACUCAAUGAAGGUGAUAUACCAGACCAUAUACAAAUAUUAUUUCUCAGAAAGUUUAAUCAACCCUUAACUGAAAAAUCACUUCCAUCAUCAUUAAAAUCAAUCGAUUUUGGCUUUUGCUUCGACCAACCACUAUCAACACCAUUACCAAAUGGUCUUUUAUAUCUUACAUUAAGUUCAAGUUUUAACCAACUUAUCUCAAAAGGUAUUUUGCCAUCGACAUUAACACAUCUUAAUAUUGGUGAAAUGUUUAACCAAUAUUUAUUGCCAGGUGUAAUUCCCUCGAGUGUUACCUAUUUACGUUUUAAAAUGGGUCAUUUUAAUAAACCUUUUUCCGUUGGUUCAAUUCCAAACUCUGUUAAAUUUCUUGAUCUAGGUUAUAGCUACAACCAUCCUUUAACUAAAAAUAUAAUCCCAGACUCAGUGGAAACGUUACUAUUAAGCAAUAAAUUUAACUGUUCUCUAUCCAAAAACUCCAUUCCCCCAAGUUGCACAGAAUUAAUAUUCUCAAACGACUUUAACAAUCCCAUUGGUGUUGGUGUUCUACCAGAUAGCAUAAAACACUUAGAGUUUAAGGGAGAUUUUAACCAAAAUGUCCCACCAGGAUCAAUCCCAGACUCAGUUACUACUUUAAUAUUUGGUUUUGGAUUUAACCAACCUCUUAAAAAAAACUCCAUACCAAACUCUGUAAAAGAACUAUCACUUGCAACCAAUUAUAAACAGUCUUUAGCUCCAGGCUUAAUACCAGAUUCAGUCACAGACUUAACCCUAUCUUAUUGUUACUGCUUACCAUUCGUACCCAAUUCAGUACCACCAUCCAUUAAAACCCUAACCUUCUCACAUAAUUUCCACAAUCAAAUUAAACCUCUUUCAAUUCCGGAAUCAGUCAAAGUAUUAAAUGUAGGUGGAUUUAAUGGCCCAUUAGUAGAAGAUAUUUUCCCAUCAUCAAUUGAACAUUUGUCAUUUGGUAGCUAUUUUAACAAUUCACUAACACCUGGAGUUAUUAAAAGUGCUACAUAUUUAUCAUUUGGUAUGUCAUUCAACCAACCUCUACUUAAAGGUUCUAUUCCAGAUACAUGCAAAGUUUUAGACCUAUCCAAAUCGAAAUUUAAUCAUCCAAUAGAAAACGAUAUAUUACCCAAUUCUCUUACAUCAUUAUCAUUUGGUAGAAAUUUCUACCAAACAACUUUGACAAAAUCCUCAAUUCCAUCCUCUGUUACUCAUUUAACAUUUGAAAAUGAAAAAAUGAGGAAAUUUUACGAAUCAUUAGAUUAA